GAAUUCGCUUUUUUUUAUCUUUUAGUCUGCCACAAUUCCUUUUAAUUUCUUUUUUUCUUGCAGCUCACUAAAUUUACACGCUCCUCUUUCUAUUUUUUAUUUGGCCACCGUGAUUCAAUUCAGCGCUUAUAACUACAACUUUCGAAAAUAAAAAGCUGAACCACUAAUUAAAAUGCUCGCUCGGCUGACUACACGGCCGCUUGCCCUGCUGCAAAUGAGGCAGCCCACAGUUUCAGCUAUGCGCCUUCUGUCGACGCACCAGGCAGUCUCGCCGUUCGACACUCUGGACAUUCGCCCGAUCCAGCGUCCCGACACCGCAGCGUACUUCAUGCCAAAGCCCAAAUAUGCCGAUCUCCUCUCAGCCAUUACGACGAUCAUCCAGCAGCACAAGCUGCCGGAGCACAACAAAAGCAACUUCAAGCGGGGCAAGUGGAUCGGGCGCAAGGUUUUCGAUUCUCAGCAUGCGAUCAAGAUGAACGCAAAUGAGUAUAUUUUGCUGACUGAGCGCUUGAACCAGGCGGAUUCACUAAAGAUUGCGGAUUUUGGGGAGAGGGAGACUGUUGGCCUGUAUUUGAAUCAGUUCCGCAGGGGAUAUUCGCACGUCGAAGUUGUUGGCAUGGAUGGGAAGGCCAAGGAAGAGGAUAAGGUUAAGAAGAUCAAGGUCAACACUAGCUGGAAGAGAGGCAUGCUGGAUCAUAUGGGUCGGUGGAGAGCCGCUGGCAAGCGUAAGGAGGCUAUUGCCUGCGCGUGGCUAGUGCCCAUUGGGGCCAAGGCUGAGGCCACUGAGGUCACUGAGGCCAAGGCUGAGACUGUUGAGGCCAAGGCUGAGGUCAAGCCUGAGACUGCUGAGGCUGAGGCUGAUUCUGAGGCUAAGGCUGAUUCUGAGGCUGCCACCUUCAGCGAGUCCACUAACUUUGACUCGAUCGACGCGCCCUCGCCGGCGUUCACCUCUAUUGGCCAGGUUCUCGUCAAUGGCAAGCCGCUUCCAGAGUACUUUGUGCGCCCGACCGACCGCGAAUCCGUACUCUUCCCGUUCCACGUGGCCAACAAGACCGGCCAAUACAACGUGUUUGUGCGCGUCCGCGGCGGCGGCCACACGGGUCAGGCCGAGGCAUGCCAGCUGGCCAUUGCACGCGCACUGUAUGCUGCCAACCGCAAGCAGAACGCUGCCAUUCGGACCGCUGGUCUGCUGUUCACUGAUGGGCGCAGAGUCGAGCGCAAGAAGACCGGAAAGCCAAAGGCCCGCAAGAGCUACACCUGGGUCAAGCGCUGAUGCCGUUUUCUUUUAUUUCUUUUAUUUUCUUGGUUUCUUUAUUUAUCGCCAUGUUGGCUAUUUAUCCUUUA